UCAGCUGGGCGCUCUCCAGCGAAUCAACUUGUUGCGCGGAUUAAAGGAAUUCGGUCAAUACUCAAUAUGCCCAAGCCAAUCCAGUUAUAUUACGAUUUUAUGUCGCCACCUUCCCGUGCUUUGUGGAUUGCACUCAAGUGGGGCAAGACCCCGUUCGAAGAUUGCCCCAUUGCCCUGCGCAAAUUCGAGCAGUUGACGGAUGAAUACAAGAAGAUAAAUCGUUUUCAGAAGGUUCCCGCCAUAGUGGACGGAAACUUUCAUAUGGCCGAAACUGUGGCAAUUGUCCGUUAUCUUUCAGACAAAGGUCAAUUCAGCGAACAGCUAUAUCCCAGAACUGUGCAGGAACGCGCCCGAGUUGAUGAGUACCUGGAGUGGCAGCAUUUGAACAUUCGAGUGGCCUGCUCAGUUUUCUUCCGUGAAGCUUGGCUUUUUCCCAUAAACGGCCUUGCCCCAAUGCCAAAACCAGAGCGGAUUCAAAAGUUCAUAAAAGACGUGGAAACCAAUUUGGGACUCUUGGAGGUUCUAUGGUUGGAGAAGGACUUUCUCAUUGGAGACCAUCUGACUGUGGCCGACCUCUUUGGUGCUACCGAAAUCAAUCAAAUUAAGCUUUGCCAAUACAAUGUGAAUGCGAAACAAUUUCCCAAGGUAGCCAAGUGGCUGGAGCGUGUACGUGAGGCAUCCAAUCCUUACCACGACGAAGCACUUACUUUUGUGUACCAGAAGUCCAAACAGGCGGCUUCCUCCAAGCUAUAAGCUAAUUUGUUUAUUUAUACAUUAAAAGUAGU